AUGAUAAAUGAUCCCAUAGAAGGAGCAAUACUACAAAAUACGACGUCACAAGACCAUUCAAAGGACAAAAGGACCCAUAUCACAGCAACUGAUCAUGAAAAUGAAUUUGAUGAGAUAGAUGGACUUUUGAAUGAUUCAAUAGGUAAAUAUAAUGAAGACAACACCAACAAUCGAAAAGCUACUAAAAGACGAAGAUCAAGUUCUGUAGCAAAAUCUAGAAAAAGAAGCAUAACAAAACCUUUGAACAAUGAUCAAAACAUUAUCGAAAGUUUGAAUGACUUUGAAUCACAAGAAAAUAAUACUUCAUUAAUUGAUGAAGCUUUACAUGGAGUCUCACAUCUGCAUACAGAAGAUGAUGAAAAUCCAUUGAAUGAAGAAAUGCAAGCUAGACUCUUGGCCGCUGCUAAGGCUAUGGUAGAAGAAGAUGACAUUUAUCAAACACCGGAGAUCAAUCCAAUAGUGGAAUCAUCAUCCCUAUCAUCCUCAUCAAUACUGAAACCGAAAUCAACUCAGAAAAAGAACUCAAUAAAGAAGAAAAAAACUACUAAAGAAGUACCAAAAGAACUACCUAAAUAUGAUUUUACAAAUAUAAAAUCUGAAGAAGAAUUACUAGAUGAAGCCAUCAAAAAAGGAAAUGAAUGGUUUGCUGCCAAUACCUCAGAAGAACAAAAGAAUAAACCACGGCCUUUUAGUACUGAAGAAGAUGCAAUACUUGACUAUUAUUUUGCAGGAUUUUGUCAUUUUCAUAAUUGGGAUCGAGAAGCCCUAUGCAACAGAAUUUGGUCAACUGAACGUAAAAAAGAUAAAUUUUGGAAAAAAAUUUGUAAAAUAUUUCCAUAUCGUACUCAAUCUAGUAUUUAUAAACAUACAAGAAGAAGAUAUCAUAUUUUUGAUAAAAGAGCCAAAUGGGAUGAAGAAGAAGAUUUAAAAUUACAAAAUUUGGCUACUAGUCAUCCGGGAAAAUGGUCAACUAUUGGAGAAUUAUUAGGUAGAAUGCCAGAAGAUUGUAGAGAUCGUUGGAGAAAUUAUAUUAAAUGUGGACCAGAUAGAAAGAAAGAAAAAUGGACAUCAGAACAAGAAUCAAAAUUAAUUGAGUUAGUUAAUGAAAUGUUACAUAAAUUGAAAUAUGAAGAAGACAAAGAAAAAGAUAAAGACAAAGAAGAAGCAUCUUCUCUACAAGAUUUGGUACCAAAAAUAAACUGGACUAUAAUUAGUGAAAGAAUGAAUGGUGAAAGAUCUAGAAUCCAAUGCCGUUACAAAUGGGCAAGACUUAAUGAAACAACGAGUCAUGUCAAAACUCCAAAUAUGACUAAACAAACAAGGGUUUGGCUUUUGAAAAAAAUAAAGAAACAAGAUUGUAAAAGUUUGUCGAAUAUAAAUUGGGAUAAGCUAAUGAAAAAAUAUGCUAAAGAUCCUCCAGAUUUUGCAGGUUGGUCAAAAAUUGAAUUUGAAAAUUAUUUGAAAAAUUUAAUUUUGGAAUAUGAAGUUGAUGAUAAAAAAUUGCAAUGGGUUACAGAUCGUGAAUUGUCGAAGUUGAAAGAUUAG